GGUGUCAAAAUACUUCCUGAAGAGGUAUUUUAAGAAACUGUUGCCCUUACAGAAUUUGGUCAUAUUCGUGGAGCAUUUACACAAAACUCUUAUGAAAGAAAAAUGAAUUUCCAGCCUUUGAUUGGACUGUGUCUCAUAUCUCCUCUAUGGACAUCGAUGGCACUUUAUUCAUCAGAUCCUGUGCUGCAGUUUGCUACUGCAGGAGACAGAGUGACCUUGAAAUGUGGUUUACCUUCUAUUGGAUCCUGCUCUUCAGUAAACUGGACAGGCAGUGAUUUCAUAUGGGAUAGAGAACAGGUGGUUACAGCUGGAAAAGUGACACAUUUAAAGGAAAACAAGUAUCGUCUGCUAACGGAUUGCUCACUGGAGAUCCGUCAGAUGGAGCGUGAUGAUGCCAGGUUGUACACUUGUGAAAGUGGAGCGCUAAAUUCAAGUGUUUCCCUUCGGUUUCUUGACAUUACUGAGAAAGAAUCUCCAGCAGAGGGAACCAUAGAACUUCACUGUUCCUUCAGUAAAUCUAGAGGAUUUGACGGCUGUAAAAACGACUUAAACAUACAUAUCACCUGGACAACUGAAGAUGAUGUUCCAAUAACUGGCAAUAGAUUUAGAUUUGAAAAUCCAUCUGUUUGCUUCUCAAAACUCAUCAUUACCAGGAAACUGACCGACCAUCACAGAAUAUGGAAAUGUCAAAUAACCCAAAAUGGUGAGGUUAAAGUCUCUGGCAGUUAUAGGACAACAGUAAGAGAUGGGCUGGAGGAAGUGUUCACUGCUGUUGGUGAGUCAGUGUCGCUUCGAUGCAGAAACACUUCCUCUCUCAGAGUUGGAGACAGAACAGAAUGGACACUGAAUAACAAAAUGCUCAGUGAUGUGUUACCUGAAAAUGGCCAAGCAAAUGUAUUUCAUGUGAACAAAGACUCAUCCUUGGUAAUCAGCAAACUGACUCCUCUUAAUGCUGGUGAUUACCAGUGCAUGGGCUCCUCUGAAGAGCAAAGAGUGUUGCACAAAAUUAGGGUUCACACCCUUGAUGUUGCAGCAAAUACACAGCAAAUAGGAGGAAAUCUCUCUUUGAUCUGUGUGCUUACUUGUGCUGAAAAAUGUGAAGAAAACUUCAAUUUAACUUGGUCUGGGAGCAACCAAGAGCGUUGGAAUGGCAGAUUAUUUAAUGUUAACAACACAUUGAUCAAUGAGCUUCUUCUCCCAGUUUGGCCAGUUAGCUCUGAUGCAGUAACCUGCUCUGUGUACAGAGAAGGUUCAAAGAUGGCAUCAAAAAGUUUGAGCUCUGUUAAAUCUCUGCAGACUCCGGCAUGGUUAGGUCUCCUUCUUGGCGUUUUAUUAUGUGCAGCAGCAGGGGGAGUUUUUAUUCACUGGAAGAGGAAGCGCAACAAGGAUUUGCAAGCUGAAUCUGGUAGAAGAACCCGUCAUCUAAAACUUUCACUUUUUGAUUAUGUACUAAAUGUCAUAACAAAUGUCUUUUCUCUUUCUGCAGCUGAUGAACUGUCAGGCAUCUCAAUGAAUCAUGUUUAUGAUGUCGUUCAGGAUGGGGAAGUACAACAACCGGCACAGCUAAAAAGAGAAGUUGCCACCACUGAUGAUGGUUUCUACAAUUUAUUACAACCUGUCAACUAAAGUAAAAAUAAACACAGCGCUGUCUU